UUCCUGGCUUCAUGCGCUCUGUAAAUUGACGCCGCUGUUGAUCCUGUGCGUGGCGGUUUGCAGGUUCAACGAGGAACACACGCUAAACGCAGGUCAAAAGCCUCUACAGUGCAACUAUGGCUCCGCUGAAAUUCUGUGCGAAUAUUUCCUGGCUCUUCACGGAGCUGCCAAACUUCAGUCAACGAAUAUACGCGGCUGCUUCGGCUAGCUUUGAAGCCGUGGAGGCAGCCUGGCUGUACGAGUCCGACUUGCAGGAGCUUCAGAGAGCCAAAGAAGCUACUGGAGUGGAGGUGGUUCUCAUCAACACCCCGCCGGGAGAUGUCAAUGCUGGUGAUCUCGGUCUUGGAGCAGUUCCUGGGAGAGAAGCAGAAUUCAGGCAGGGUCUGGACUUGGCUCUCAAGUAUGCAAGAGCUCUUGGCUGCAAAAGGAUCCACCUGAUGGCAGGGAGAGUGCCUUUGGGUUCAAACAGACAGGCAGUUGCUGAGGAGAUGGAGGCCGUCUUUGUGCAAAACUUAAACUAUGCUGCUGAUGUUCUCGCAAAGGAAGGGAUCACUGGUAUGAUUGAACCAAUCAACACAAGGAUUACAGAUCCCAGGUAUUUUCUGGACUCUCCUCAUCACGCGGCUGCAAUAUUGGAGAAGGUUGGCAAGCCAAAUAUCAAGCUGCAAAUGGAUGUAUUUCACUGGCAAAUAAUGGAUGGGAACCUGACACAGAACAUACAUAAGUAUUUCCCCAAAAUUGGUCAUGUUCAGAUUGCCCAGGUUCCAUGCAGGAAUGAGCCUAACAGUGCUGGAGAGCUCAACUACAGGUAUCUGUUCAACACAUUGGAAAACCAUGGCUACCAGGGAUACAUCGGCUGUGAAUACAAGCCGUUAGGCUCCACAAAGGAAGGUCUGGAUUGGCUCAAAGAUUACUGCACACACAGCAAGUGAUGAGCGAUGUGUUCAUUCAUAAAGCUGUGAACAUAUUUCAAGUGAUUACACCUGGGAGGUGUAACUACAACUUAUCUAAUUCCAUAUUUGUUAUAGUAUAAAAUAAGAAUAACAAGAAGAAUUAGAAGAAGACGAAGAAUCAUAUUUAUACAUUACAUUUCCAAUUUUCCAAUUUAAGUAUGAUGUAGGUACAUUUCAUACUGUAUAAUUUAAUGUAUGAAAAAUGGUUUAAUGGCAGUUGGUUCUUUUAUCAAUUAAGAGAUUACUGACAACUUUCUUAUUGUUUUUUGCAUCUUUAACUGUGAACCGGUUCAUUUUUAAGUGUACUGAUGACUGAUUUUAUUACAUAACCAAUUUACUAUGUACAGAUAAUUUAUUACAGCAAAAAAUACAUUGUGAUAAUUAUACUAAAAUGUCCUCAUCAUUAAUCUUCAUUUGUUAACAUUCUGUCAUUGACCAUAAAAUACAUCUGCAUUUCUCCAAUGUU